GUGAGGGGGGGGGGGGAUGGAGGGAGAAGCAGAAGGAGAAGAGGACGGCAUGAAAGAAAGACUCCUCUGCUCCAUUACUAUCCACUUCUUGGAUUUUGGCAAUUUUAUAUAUAACUCUAGCAAUCGAUCCAAAUUUGGUCAAGGGCUUUAACGAGGGCUGUAUGUGAUUGGCAGAUAGACUGAUUGCCAGCUGUUGGAUUUGCCGAUCUGAAUUCCACCAGGUGGCCGAGGGAAGGAUGGCUGUGGAGAAUUUUACUGAACUGCUUCAUAAACUGAAAGAGGUGCAUGAGCAGGAGCUGGAAGGUUUGCAGCAGAAGGUGCUCGAGCUGACCAAUAAGAAAAACUGUGAUGCAAAGAGACUGGAAGAGCUGUAUAACAGGAACCAGCAGCUGCGAGAACAACACAAGAUGCUCACAGAAAACAUAAAACAGCUAGAAAACAUGUUACGAGCUGGGUUGUGUGACAGGUGUACAGUCACUCAGGAGAUGGCUAAGAAAAGACAGCAGGAGUAUGAAAACUCCCAACUCCAAAGUUUGCAGCACAUAUCCAUCCUAAUGGGUGAGAUCAACGCACUGGUGAAAGAGAACGAAAGACUGAAAGAGGAGGUGAAGAGUCUACGAGAUCGAGUAGAGCAGCAGAAUGGUCACUCAGACCGAGGAGGGACUCCUGAUGUUAAGCACUCUCCUGACCCUAUAGCCACUUCUUUGGCUAUGGCCACCUCUAUUCCGAAGAAUGAUCAACUGGCACCAGGGGGCACCACUAAACCAACGGCCAUUGUGAAGAGUGACACUAGACCCAGGCAAAGCACAGAUACUGCAGAUGAUAGACAGGAGACAUCAGACAAAGAGUCAGAGCACAAACGGUCACAAGGGUGGAGUUUAACACAUCUUUUUGAGUCAAGUAGGCAGCCGACUUUUGCAGCAAACCAAGCAACAUGGAAAGAGAGGAGAGCAGUUAGCAUGGACUCUCCGGAGACUCGUCCAUCAGCCACCUCACCUUCCAUCCCUACUAACCUCCGCCUUCUGAAGAACAGCCCCCUGUUCUCAACCAGGCGUUCUGAGGACCGUUCUUCCCUUGUGUCUAUCCCAUUGCGGCCCCAUCCAGUCAAAACAACCCCAUCCAACCUUCCCUGGCCCCUGCCUGAACGAUCAGAUUGGGUGGUAAACACUGGCGCCAGUGGUGGCUUGCUGCUCAGUCCAAACCUGAAGCAUGACUCUAGCUCUCCAGUACUUCGCUUUUCAAGCCUGGUUCCACCAGGCGUCGAGUCCCACCUACCAUCUCUAAGCCCUGCCCACCCACGACCCAUCUGCCCGCGCCCAAGAAGCCUGUUUGAGCCGGCAGAAACCAAAGAAAAGAAAACACCUCUGAGCUCCUGGACAAGCUCACAGCAUGAGAGGAUCUUCGGUGAAAAUCUUCGAGAAGGAGACGAAGAGGCACCUUUGGAUCUGUCCCAUGCCUCCGCCCCCAAAAUCAAACAAGCAGAGGUGGACUUGGCAUCAUCUUCAUCUUCGUCACCUCCGGCUCCACUCUCCUCGCCGUCUUCAGCUCAGUACGGCUCCAGUCCUCAGAGUGAUCCACAAACAGGGGACACAAAACCCCAGAGAGAACAGACAGAAGAACCACAAAAGGAAAUGGGAGACGAGGGAAACGAGAAGAAUGAGAACGUAGACACAGAAAAUCUAAAAGUACCCACUCUGACCAUUUCACUUCGUCCAGUUGUAGUCCUGGAGUCAUUAAAAUCAACAGGACAGGGCAAGGAGGAAGACAGCAGCCUGCAAGACCAGGAUGAAAAAGAGGUCAGCAAACUGACCACAGUGAGGAAGAGACCAAGCCAAACUCCUGAAGCCUUUCCGCGGCGCCCGCUAAAAGAAAAGAAAAUGAGGACAACGCUACUGCCACAGGGGACCAACCUCGGAGACUCGGAGCAAGGCUGAACUCUGACAUGUACAUGUACUGUGACAUGUACAAGACGGCCUACGAGAGUCCUAUCACGUGUCGUGUUGCAUCUGUUGCACUGAUGACCUGAUGUUCUUCUGAAUUCCUGUCAAGAAAAGAAAAGAAGCCUUCAUCAUUGCACUAUAGCAACAUGCAGAUCAGAAUUCACACAGGAAAGACAAAUAAAACACGUCUAACCUUAGCACUUGUUUCUCAA